AUGGAUUCUCCAUCUAGUGUUUCCUCCUGUUCCUCCGUCUCUCUCUCUUCCUCUUUUUCCACCUCACCAGCGAACAGUGACAUUGGUUACCCCUCUGAUAGUGAGGGAGAGGACAAGAGAUUUCCCGGGCCCAGGCCAGACACUGUUGGGCAGAGUGGAGGUUCUCGGCCCAGCCCGGGUCCUAUUCGCUGCAGGCAUCGACCCAAGGUUUACAGUAACCAACGCACAGCAUCUCACCUAGAACAGCGCGUGGCUUCUCCUAUGGCAGGAUCUGGAGUUAAAAGGUCAAGAGAUGGUGAAUUGGAAACCAGUCUAAAUAUCCAGAGUUGUACAACAGAAGGAGAUCUGCUCUUUGCUCAGAAGUGUAAAGAACUCCAAGGAUUCGUUCGUCCACUUAAAGACCUACUGAAUGGGCUGAAGAUGGGUCGCUUUGAGAGAGGACUGAGCAGUUUCCAGCAGAGUGUGGCAAUGGACAGGAUCCAACGUAUUGUAGGAGUUUUGCAGAAGCCACAGAUGGGGGAACGUUAUCUAGGAACCCUAUUGCAGGUAGAAGGGAUGUUAAAGACUUGGUUUCCUCAUAUAGGUGCCCAGAGGUCAUCAUCUUUGGGUAAUAGGAGGCACCAGCUGACUAAGCAUUUGCCAAAACACCACAUUAAUCUAGCUGUUUCUUCUCCUGUACCUCCUAUGGAAAAGAUGAACCAGACACAGCUUGGACAUGUAGUUCUGAAACAGAAACAGCCUUGGCACUUCCCAGAGUGGCCAGCCAUGGACUUGACCUGGAUCCACACAACCCCAAUUUGCAUCCCUCCUCUUAGUUCCCAAGGCACUAUCUUGAGCCAUGGUCCUUUAGGCACUGGAAACAGCAUUGGAGUCAUCCUUUUACUCCAGCAUGGAGUGCAACCCUUAAUGCAUUCUGCAUCAUCCACUCCAGUUUCACCUACUAUAGCAUCGCCUGUCAGUCGUGAUCCUACAAAACUAUCUGGAAAAGGACCUUGUUGCCACAGUUUGCCAGUGAUUCUGCCAUCAGACUGGAACUAUAUCCUGGUCUCUCUUUGUCUACCCACCAUGGCCAGGAUGACCAUGGGACACCUAGAGCAGACAAGAAGCCUUCCUCCAGCUGCUCUUGAUGCCCAGCUUCUUAACCCCUAG